UUAUCCUUCCUUCAUAAUGCGAGGAGAAGAGUUCGCCGUUAGGAUGACAAUGGAUUUGGAUGUGUUAGGUGUAUAAUGAAUCGGGAACCUCUUCAAAUGAUGCCAGCAACAAGGCUAAAAUUCCAAACCAGGUAACUGUCAGCAAUAGUACCAGGUAUUAGAGAGAAAAAAAAAUUAUAUUCAUAUGGUUAGCACCCUAUUGUUCUCUUUCAGAUGUUUAAGUGUUUUGGUACAAAUAAUGGCUUAUCAUUAAUCUAGAGAAACCCAGCACGUUCACUGAUGAUGUGAUGAUACAAAAGUCCAUUCAUACUUUGAUUCGUUAUCUACCAUCUUUUUUCCAUGAAGCAGGGCCUUACCACUGUUGAUGACUGCAGAGCACGAGAAACGUGGAGAGCAUUAACUGUUUGGUGUAGGACAAUCAGAAAGGGUCAGUCAACGCAUCAGCAUUUUUGCAAUUGCAAGUACAAUAUGGUGGUUCAAAGUUCCCUGAGGUGUGGCUGCUUUGCAUUCUACUAACUUCAGUUAAGACCAAACUCAGUAGGAAAGUAGUAACCCAAGUGAGAAAGGGUCGGAGCCAUCUACAGAGAGCAAGAGAAGGUCUAAUGGCAUUGUAAGUCUUGCUCGAUUUCUGGAGUCGAAACAUGUCCAAAAGAUGAGUUUGAGCUUAGAACUUCUGUGAAAAAUAACAUUUACUUAAUCUGUUGGCCACAUUGCUACACCAAUACCUAUCACAAGUUCAAAUCCAGAAGAGAGAAAUGCAAGUAGUUGGUCUUACUACUCUAUUGCUGGCAUCAAAAUAUGAGGAGUUACGGGCAUCCUUGGGUAAGAAGUUGAAAUUGGUCAGACUAAUUGCUGAGAUUUGUGCCUGCAGAAUCUCCUCUAAACUUGGUCACCCAUUUGCACUGCAAAAUGCAGAUCAAGGAUCAUGUUAGUAACCGAUGUUUCUUUACCAACAUACGACAAUUUUCUGAGUCCUGAUCUGGAUAGUGGUGCUGCUAUAAAGCCCUUAGAUAUGCUUCGACUUUCAAAGUUCAAACUCUCCCCUACUGGAUGCGUAAGUAUCUUCCUCAUGGUCAUAUCCGAUGACGGUUUUACAGAGCGAAGGAUUGAGAUAGGUUGCAGGCUUCUCUGGUCUGGCAGUGGUGAUUUUGUUUGUUUGAUAGACAAGUAUUAAUGAUUGUAUAUGUUGCUAUUAUCCUUCUAGAUGCCAGUUGCUGAUAUGUAAUAUUGACCAAGUGAAACGACUUAACAGAAGUGAUCGGACUGUGACAUUAGUGGAAAUCCCCAACCACUUGUGGGUGUGUGGUUGAGUUGACUGAGAGGAGAGGAGAGGAGAGGAGAGUAUCAAUACUUGUUGCCUUUCAUUCAAACAUGGGUGACGGAAGUUAGGAAUGGCUUGUUGCUUAUGCUGAACUUAAUCAGAAAGGACUCUGAUUCACUUAUGAUUUUCAGGUCAAUCCUACUUGUUAGUUGCAAACAUGGGUAUAAUUGAGUUGGUUUGAAUUAGCUGCACCUAGAAAGAGUUGCAUUAGCAAGAAAUGCUCCCCUGUUCCGAAGCAAAGAAUGAAAGAACUUGAAACAC